GCCGCCCAAGAUGGCGGCGGGGCCGAGCCUCGGGCGCUGAGGCGGCGCCGGGACCGGGAGCGGGAUCGGGAACGGGACCGGGACCGGGACCGGGAUCGGGAGGCGGGGCUGGAGCGGGAACCGGGCGGGCCAUGGCCGCCGCCGCCGCGCGCUGAGGCCCCGCCGCUGCCCCGGGCCGGGAUGCCCCGGGGGGGGCCCGGGCCGCCGCCGCAGCCAUGGAGGAGGAGGGCAAGAAGGGCAAGAAGCCCGGCAUCGUGUCUCCGUUCAAGCGCGUGUUCCUGAAGGGCGAGCGCGGCCGCGACAAGAAGGCGCAGGAGAAGGUGGCGGAGCGGCGGCCGCUGCACACCGUGCUGCUGGCGCUGCCCGAGCGCGUGGAGCCCGACCUGCUGCUGCACGACUACAUCGAGAAGGAGGUCAAGUACCUAGGGCAGCUCACGUCCAUCCCAGGGUACCUGAACCCCUCCAGCCGCACCGAGAUCCUGCACCUGAUCGACAAUGCCAAGAGAGCCCACCAGCUGCCAGGCCAGCUGAGCCCCGAGCACGACGCCGUCAUCAGCCUGUCUGCCUACAACAUCAAGCUGGUGUGGAGGGACGGCGAGGACCUGAUCCUCAGGGUGCCCAUCCACGACAUCGCCUCCGUCUCCUACGUCCGCGACGACUCCGCGCACCUGGUCGUGCUCAAGACAGCUCAGGAGCCCGGGAUCUCCCCCAGCCAGAGCCUGUGUGCCGAGGGCUCCAAGGCGCUGACGUCGGGCUCGCUGUCGGGGAGCGCGGGGGCGCCCCUGGAGUGCUGCUGCCUGGUGGUGCUGGCCACAGAGAGCAAGGUGGGUGCUGAGGAGCUGUGCUCCCUGCUCAGCCAGGUCUUCCAGAUCGUCUACACCGAGUCCACCAUCGACUUCCUGGACCGCGCCAUCUUCGACGGCGCCUCCACGCCCACGCGGCACCUGUCCCUGCACAGCGAUGACUCUUCCACCAAAGUGGACGUGAAGGAGCCCUUCGAGGCAGACACCAGCACUUUUUCCUUUGCAGACACCCUGGGGACAGGGGACACGUCCCCCUCGUCCCCCCAGGUGACCACGGCCAGCGAGGGCGAGCUCAGCACCACGGCCACGGAGCUGCUGCAGGACUACAUGAUGACGCUGCGCACCAAGCUGUCCUCGCAGGAGAUCCAGCAGUUCGCCACGCUGCUGCACGAGUACCGCAACGGCGCCUCCAUCCACGAGUUCUGCAUCAACCUCAAGCAGCUCUACGGGGACAGCAGGAAGUUCCUGCUGCUGGGGCUGCGUCCGUUCAUCCCCGAGAAGGACAGCCAGCACUUCGAGAACUUCCUGGAGACCAUCGGGGUGAAGGACGGGCGGGGCAUCAUCACCGACAGCUUCGGGCGCUACCGGCGCUCGCUCGGCCCCGCCUCGGCCGCCAACGGCACCGGCGCCGCGGGCAGCUCGGACGAGCAGAGCGCGCCCUCCGAGGAGGACGAGUGGGACAGGAUGAUCUCCCACAUCAGCAGCGACAUCGAGGCGCUGGGCUGCAGCCUGGACCGGGACUCGUCCUGAGGGAGCCCGGGGGACACGGGGGCUGCCCCCCCGGG